AUAUCAUUCGUUGUAUCGGUUGUAUUCGUUUUGACGUGACGUUGUGUGACGUUAUGUGAAGUUCGCAUUCGAUUCAAAAUAAUUCGUUACUUGUUAAACAAAUAAACAAAUGUGAAAAUGUCGAAUAAUAACGUGAAUAACGAGAAGAAAAAGUCUCUGUUGGCUUAUAAAGAGAAGAUACUGCAAGAAAUAAAGUACUAUGAUACGCGCAUUGAAGAUUUUCGCGCCAAUCAUAAAAAUAACAGCUAUCGGGAUGAUGACGAUAGUUCUGGUUCUGAUGAUGAGCUCCUCCAGAUGAUAGACACGGGUCCAUCUGUCGCUCAGCUGAAGCUGAAACAGGAAGUCAUGAAGACAUGUCUGCUGGCUACUCAGGAGCUGACCAGUCUGACGGUCCUGGAGUCACAAGUCAACGUGCUGGUUGAUGCACCGGAUAUCGGAAGGGAGAAGCCCAUCACAGAGCCAGGACUCUGGAUAGAGGUGACAGCGGAGUGCGAGAUAGACCUUGUAAACUUUACCAUACACUUCUAUAUGCAUAAACCUUACCGCACUUUCGCUCCGCCGUCCUACCGCUGCCUGCGAGUCGAACCGGUGCGCGAGUCCGACAAGUUGGAGCUGGAUAAGUCAGUCCUGCACACCCUGAAGUUACCUAGCGAUGCCGUAGAGGUAAUGAAGAGCUAUAACGCGGCAUUCCGCUCUCGUCGCACGACUCUGUCAAGACUUGACAAGAAAUUUGCAAACGCUUUGUUGAUGGAGAAACAUCCAGAAGGCGGGUAUAUAUUCAAGUGCGCUGGCCUACUGGAGGUGUGCUGGCGUUUGGAGAACAAAUGGUCACCCGUCGCGCCCUUCCAUCAUAAGAUGAAGUUUGAUCUUGAAUAUAUGGACGAAUCUUACAUAAAAAUAAUAACACAAGUUCACAAACAGCUCUUAGACCCCUCAUUACAAACAGACGAAAGAACAUUACUCCUAUCUAAGAUAAUCACGACUUGUCUAGAAGCCAGAGGACCCAUAGACACGGAAUCAGACCUAGAAAGCAAGACCGAAAAGGAUGAGUUUGAGAAAAGAGAUAGCGAAGUUAUGGCACCACCUAAGUCUUUGCCCAAGAAGUCAAAGAUUAGUAAGAAGAGAAGUUUAGAAGAGGAUGGCAAUAUAGUGAAAAGGAUAAAAAAUUCUGAUUUUGAUAAUCUUAAUACAAGAAAAACUAAGAGUGUAGAUGAAUAUUCAAGUGCAGUUAAGAAAAUGAAGGGGAAUGAUGGUGUUGCUAGUGUCAAAAAUGUACAGGGAAGUGGUUUUGAUGAUAAAAGUUCUAAAGAUGGCAACAUUGGAGAUGAUAAUGAUGAAAUAGUUAGAAAAAAUGUAAAGGGUAGUGUUGAAGAGAAAAGUGCUAAAGUUAAAACUAAGAUAGCUAAGGAUGCGAAUAUUGAAGAGGCUGGCAACACUAAAACGAAAAGUACUCAAAAGGAAUCUGCCAAUGGAGACAACGAUAAAAAUGUACCGAAGAAUAAAGAUGCAGAAACUAACAUUGCUAAAGAUGGUAGCAUUAAGCCGAAAAGCAAAAAUCCAAAAGAAGUUGGCAACACUGCGGAAAAGAACAUUAAAAAUAAACCUAAGAAUAAGGUAAAUGAAGUAACUGAAGACAAUAAAGAUAAUAAUAACGCCAAAAAGAAAAGCCCGAAGGAUACUGGCAACAUUUCAGCAAAAAAUAAUAACAAACCAAAAAAUGUAGACACUAUAAAUAACAACGAAAAUAAUGACAACACUACCACUAAAAAGAAGAGUCCCAAAGAUUCUGGCAACACUGCAGUAAAAACUAACAAUAAUAAACCUAAAAAUGUGGAAAAUAUUAAUAAUGAUAAUACUACAACUAAAAAAAAACUUCCUCUUAAAAAUAUAGAAAAUAGAAAUGAAAAGGUUAAUGAUGAAAACACUGGUAUAAAAAAGAAAAUAACUAAAGAUUCUGGCAACACUGGAGAUAAGGCUAGCAACCCUAAGUCUACUCAAAACGAACAGACUGAUCAAAAGAAACUUAAUCUUAAAACUAAAUCUAAAAUAAGUAAGGAGCCAAGUAAUAUAGAACUAAGUGCUAAAUCUAAAAAUCAUCAAAAAGACAUUGGCAACACUAAUAUUAAUACAAAAUCUAAAAGUACUGAUAAAAAAGAAACUGAUGUUGCCAGCGCAAAAAACGAUGAAAAUAUUCCUUCUAAAGACGUUGAUCGUCAAAGUAAGGUAGUUAACAAAAGGAGUAAUGUUGCCAUUACAAAAAAUACAAAAGCUGAUUUAAAUAGUGCUGUGAAUCCCGUGAAUAACAAGAAAAGUAUAGCCAGCACUAAAAAUGAUGUCGCAAAGAAAACUUCAGAUAUUAAUAUGAAAAAUAAAGAAAACACAGAUGUUUUAAAUAAAGAUGGAGAUUUGAUAAAGAAAACUACACAAAAGAAUGCAACAAAUAGAAUAAAAGACAAAAUAUCUACAAUCAUCGAAAAAGUUCCCGAGAAAAAUAUCCAAAACAAACUAUCAAACAACAUAAAAACCAAAACAAUCACCAUUCCAAAGAAAAAAACUUCAAAUGAACUAAAAAUGAAAACUAUAAUCCCUAAAAUCUCUUCACAUCGAACCUCAAUAAAACUACCAAAUGACAAAGUUUUGAAAGCUAGCAACACUGGAAUUAAAACUGGCAACAUUAACAAAGAUGGCGGGAAGCCGAAAUCGAAAAUUCCUCAAAAGAAAUUAUCUCCUAUAAGCGAAAGUUCAUCGAAGAAAAAUCCAUUGAGAAUAAGUCCAAGAAAAAUGCUGCCUUCAUUUAAAACCACGGUAAACGUCAUGAAGCAGAAAGUUAUGAAAACAACAAGUAUACCGCGUCUGAUGAAGGAUUCAGUGACGAAAAGUGCCAAUAAAUAAUUAGUUUUUAAGUCUAAUUAUAGUGUUCCGCCUCUACCCCACCGUUAAAGCUUACCAGACACUGUAUUUUAAAAUGGUUUUAGUUUGUCUACAGACACUUUUUGAAAGGUGAGAAAAAAACUACUCCCUUUGCGAGGAAAUGUAAUCUUUGUGUUUAAAUUGCAAUCAUUGUGUAACAUUCAAGCCACUAUGUCACCCAGACUCUGAACAAACGUUUGUGCAACACACGAAUGCUUGUCCUACGCGGGGAUCGAACCCGCGACAAGUCGUGCACAGUAGGGUUGGCGUGAUCAGCUUUACUACUCGGCUGGCUGUGCAGUCUACAUUUAACAAAAUGGGGUUAUUCAAAAAAAUAAUAAAAUCCGUCUAAAUCUUUUUUAUCCUGACAUUAUUAGACAGACAUUCCAAUUUUAUUUACCUGACAUUUGACAUGGAUAAAUAUGUUUCAAUGGUAAGCCUCAUAAAAUUUAAAAUAAAAUAAUUAUGUGAAUAAAUAAUCAAUUUAAAAAUGUGUACGUCAUUGAACCACAAGUAAGGAUUUGUUUUAAUUUAUAAGUGUGUGUAUAAAAUGUUGUUAAAACGAAUUAAAUGAUGUUUUCAAUUCGAA